GAGCCUGUUAAAUACAGACGAAGUGACGGACUGACUUUUGUAAAUAAACAAAAUGGGUAGCCUGCAAUGGUUUAUUCUGUUUCUUGUCAUUCUUUUUUUCCUUUUUAAACGUCUUCUACUGUAUGCUCUCAACUUAAUUUUCACGCAUAAACUAAAAAUCGAAGUCCGUCUAGGGCAAGUCGCCCUACUUCCACCUUCUGUACAAAAUACUUAUUUUUUGUUCAAAAAUUUCACUGUUCACAUUGAUAAAGUGAGAUUAACCUCAUCACUAGUAAAUGCUGAUACCAAGAGGCUACUGGGGUUGUUGAUUGAAGAUGUCCGAUUCACAAGAGAUUGCAGUGUUAACAGCAAUACAUCACUUCAAGCCACUAUUCCAAACCCAGUUGAAUCAAAUAGAGUUAAUCUGCUUGAAAAAAUUUUACCCAUUCUGACAUCAUUUGUUCAGUUUAUGUGCGUCUCCAUAAGCAAUGUGACUAUAGUAGCCCAGUUGAACAACAACAAGUUGGUCCAUGCUUCUGUUAACAAUCUGAGUUUAGACGGAAGCAUUUUACCACGCUCACAGAUUGCACUCUGUGGUCUGAUAGAUGUGUUUUCAUGUCGACUUCUUCAGACCGUAGCUACUACUGAAAGAGAUGGAAAGGUCAACCAGCAAUCACAAUUUGCCGAAUCACGAACGAAAACUUGGCAGCCUUGUUUAGCAGAAUUUUCAGUUGGAGUUCAAACAGAAAUUCACGUUGACCCAGUUUUACCGGCCAUCACGAAAUUAAUGCUAAAUAUUUCCAACCCAAAAUUGUCCAUUAAUGACAGACUUGUCAAGGCUUUUGAGGCAAAAAGCGUGCAAGAUGAUGCACCUCAAGAAAGGCACCAGUCGCCAAAUUGGUCACUCUAUUUUCCCCGAAAAUGCGAAUUCAACGUUACUGGCACCGAAAUCAAAUUGUACAGACAUGAGGACGAAUCUACUUUCGUAACUACUACUUUAAAUUUGUUGGAAAUAACUGCAGAUACUUCUUUAGACAUUAGAAGCGGGGACAAUAUGUUUGACACCAACGUUAAGCUACACACUCAGAUGUUAUACUCUGAGACUAAAUCCGGGCGAUGGUUUAGUUUGAGUGAACUGGACGCAACCAUUCAGGUUUUUUCUGGCAAUAUCGAUUCAACAGUGAAUGCUAAUCGCAUCGCAAUAGUUUAUUCAAACGCCGAACUUUUACCUUGGCUCAGUUUGAUUCCGUACAAGAAGAAAAAACCCAGUUCUGGUGUGAAAAAUGAAUCUUCUCGUCAAGCCCCGCUCACACUCAAUUUCGAAGUUUGGGAUCUUUCCGCGGUAGCGUUAUUUCAAGACGCUUUGCCGUUACGGAGUGGCGUUACACACGUUCAACUUCAGCUAGUCGAUCACCCGGCAACGGGUGGGUUGAGUUGUGAGUUCGAAGGCGAAACUGUAUGGUGCUGUUUAGGAAACAGAACGCCUUCCGACCCUGGGCAAAAGAAGGUUCACUUCUGGAAUUCUCCCAUUUACGUUGGGCUGAUCAUUGGCAAAAUGGAGAGGCGAUUAGGAGUCCUUGGUAUGAGCGAUUCUAUUCACAGCCAGUUGCUGUUGGACGUCCUUCGGUUUGAAUGGUCACCAAAUCUCAUGGAAACGAUUUUUGCCAUUCGCAAUGGUCUGCCGCAAUCAAAUGUGAAACCAUUAGCAGAAGAAGAGAAAUCUCCGAUGCGCGUUUCGCAUUCCUUAACGGUCGCCAGUGCUAAUAUUUUUUUACUGAUGAAGAAAGAAAGUGCCCUAAUGUUACGAGUUGAUUCCUUGGCUGCCGAUCAUCAACCGGACAAGACUGUCGUCUCUAUCGAAGGGCUUAAAGGUCUCUUUAUAGUUCCAGGAGCUCCAUUUAGUUGCGCAAAAUCUUUUGAAAUCAAGAAAGGAAACCUUGAAUUUGCACGACUGCAAUUAUCGUUGCGUAAGUCGACCAAGUCUGGGACUAUUGACGUUGAUCAGUUGGGCCUUAACUGGGAUACUCGCCUGCACAUGGCCGUUCUACAAGUGAUAGAAGAAUGGAAAACUUUCCGGGACCGUUUUAACCAAUCCAAACCUGUCAAAUUACCAACUGUCAAAGAUUCUGAACAAGAAACCAAACAAAGCUGGACCGUAUCCCUCAAACACAAAACAACCAUCUGCGCAGUACUUUCGCCCACCCAUACUAUUCAAUUUCAAGCUGAUGAUUCACGAGCAAUGGUCAACGGUCAUCCAAGAACUAGUUUCGAGUUGAAUUUGCCACGCUGCGCAUUACUUUUCGACGGGCAUUCCAUCAUUGAAGCUGAAGGAUUGAAUUGGAAGCUAGCUGAUAACGAUCUUGAUCUCAAACAGGAAAGAAUCAGUUUCGAUUGCGAGGCUGCCACAAACAAAUGUGGGCUGGUCAGCAUUGCCCAUUUGCGCGUUUGCUUCCCCUACCGUUACCAGUUUUCCGAAGCCUGCCAACAGGAGAUGGUCAGCGUCUUCAAGUGGCUAAAAUCGCUGCACAAAAAGCCUCGGCUUCCUGGACAAAUAGAGCCACUUUAUCGUGACGUUCGUCUGUCAGUUGCACUAUUUUCUAUGGUGCUCUGUGACGACCCAUUUGAAGUCAAGCUCCGUGAUAACUACGAACUGCGCGAAGAUGAAUUUCGUGAGAGUCUCAAACGUAAGCGUAUGUUGGACGCUAAAAUUGAAGAACUCCGAAGAACGCACCCACUUCUGACGCAAGGUAAAAUUGAUGAGCUGUAUGCAAAUCUGGGAGGCCGAAAUGUUGAGAUAUUUGUUCAGCGAGCGCAACGCAUGUACGAGGCGAGGCCGAUGAGAACGGCUCUGUUCCGAUGGGAAAUGGAGCAAGUUGAUUUGAUGGCUUUAGCCGAUCCAUCUUUCCACGGUUACGCCAAUGUCGUCCGCAAUAUCCAGGAGAUGGAUCCUGACAGCCCCUGGCCUGAUGAAGAAAUAGAUUUUAUUACGCUGUGGUGUCGUGCAGUCCGCGCAACAUGUCAUCGAUGGCGAUUUUUACUUCGAGAUUUCCCGCAACCGCUUCUCGACAUUCACGAAUUGCUGCUCUUUGGUCGACUAGCCGGAGCUGAACAACAGUCUUCCUGGCGAGCUCGACGAACCUGUACUGUUUCUGUAGCGGCCCCCUGGAGUGAUGUACAGAUCGAACGUGGAAUGAACCAACUGAAAUUUUACCAUGAUUUUUCUUGUGACGCUGAGAGCUGGCGUCUGGCCUACGGUGCUUGUUGGGAGCCAGUGAUAGCCCAAUGCAAUCUAGCAUGGGAUUUCGUUUCACCUCCUUCAAAGGAUCCUAGUCCAGCUUUGCCUUUUUGGGAUAAAAUUCGUCUACUCCUCCACGGUCGAGUUACGUUGUCUGUUCAACAAUUAACUCUACUACUCCACACAUCACUUGAUCCUUAUAAUACCACUGAAGAGAUGGAGCUAACUUGGACCGAUUUGGCAAUGGAUUGGACUAAUGCCAAUUUUAUCCUAAAAGGCGAAUUCAACGUCUAUGUCCGAACGGCUUCCAAAUAUGAUGAUUGUCGUCUUUUGCAUUUACCUCGAUUGAAGCUGACCAUCGGGUUGACCUGGCAUUGUUUGGCCGAUCCCAACGAACAUCUCGCUGUACAACCCUGCGCUCCCGAUCGAAUUCCAGAAUAUUCGAGCAAUCAGGAGCACGAUUCCUAUCGUGCUUUUAGAUCGCAAAGUGUGACAAUGGCAGUUUCCUUAGAAACUAAAGCUAGUGGCAGUAGUUCAAUUAGUAGUAGCGCAGCAGAAGUGCAUGCCCUUGUUUACGGUUCCACUUUACGAUGGUUCGAGAACCUGAAGUUCAUCCUUUCGGGUGUUUCAAGACCGACACGACGGGGGUCGUUGUUUAAUAACACCAAACCGCGAAAAGGUCAGCUUUCACGACAUUAUAAGGCAGUUCGUUUGGCUUUGAGCCUUCAUCGCUUCCAUAUCUACUAUUGGAUGUCCGCAUCAAUGCAACGCGGGUUCGAGCUUAUUUGUGGACGUUUAACACUUAGUUCCGAACAUGCUUUACGCCUAGUCGCCCUGGAAGACGGACUCAAGCACCGUCCGAGAGCUGACUGGUCUAUUGUCUUCCUUAACUGUGAACUCAAUGAAGCGGAAGUUUGGCUUCAAAGUGCCCUUGGGUCUGAUAGUGAUGAUAACGCCGAGCUUAACGUGUCCUUACGUCAACCGGUGGAAAAAUUUUACUUUUUGAGUGUCCAACGAGUCUCUUACGGACGCGAAGCGGUCCUGACACCGCCUUUUGUAGCUCCUGGAACAGCUUCCAUUGUACCGACACAUCGGUUGGUGGUCCAAGAUUUAAGAGCCGCGUGGACCAAGAGUAACCGUCAAGUGGCUUUUGCAUUGUACGAUUCUUGGGUCAAAGCGCAAGUGCUUAAGAAAAAUCUUUCAUCCGAGGUGAUGAAACUCCUCAGGAUGCCCGAAUCCAGCGUUUCACCCAUGAAGCCAAGAUCUUCCGCUCGUAUUUCUGCAGAAGGUGCCCAACCAACACCCAGUGCUUCGAGCACCAAUUCCACAGCGACCCCAACUGCACCUUCAACACCUGUAGCAGAUUCUAUGCUGCAGCAACUCUUGGCCGACCAUCGAAACGUUGUAUUUAGUGAAGACCUUAGUUCUACUGGCAGCCGACCAGCUGUUACCGGAACUAGUACUAGUGAAGGCCAGGAAGGAGUCCACCUAAACUGGCUAAUUGAGUUGGUUAAUAGUCAGGUUUUGUUGAAAGGAUGCGAAACCAAAGGAUACAUCAUAUUGGCAGCUGCUCAUGCCAAAAUUCUGCAAAGACUUCAUCCUCCCGUGUGGCGUGAUAGGAGCUUAGUCUCCAAAACUUCAUGGAACUGUUCGCUUGACGGGAUGCAGUACUUUGCAACCAUCAGUGCGGGAGAACAAGAUGCCCUUGACGAGAAUAUUCUUUGGCUCAGUACGGAUCAUAUUGGCAGCGCCGCUAGAGCAGAAAGUCAAGUGUUAUCUUCGCUUGAUUGUCUGCCUGACAUGGUCGGAAGCGGACAGAGCGUCGGAGGCGUCAUCUCUGAAACGGUUGGCGGAUGUGACUCUUCAGCCCUUCAACUGCAAAGGAUCGUUUCCCGUUGUAAUUGCGAGAUUUUGUUUGUCAGCUACGGACAGAACACGCUGGAUCUUGAUCUUGAUCACGAUCUAGAAGGACUCAUGGACAUUCCCCCUCCACCAAACGACGAUGUGAUGGAUUUGUGGGCACAGCGGGAGCAACCUGUCGAUUCAUUUACUCUGACGCAUCACGAUUUGAAUAUCUGCACCAACUCACUCCAAUAUGAGAUGCUACUGGACGUCAUUAAUAACCUAUUGCUGCAUGUCGAACCCCAUCGAAAAGAGGCCAGUGAACGAUUGCAGCGACUGCGCUUUCAGUUGCAGUUGUCCAGCACUGAGGAUCAAAGACGACCCGUUCAACAAAUUCAAAAUCAACUGCGUUCCUUGAUUUCUCAGCUAAGACGCCUGGAGAAAGAUACUUUCAUGCUCCAGCGAGCCUUAGCAGAAGAUCCCUCAAAUGCUCAGUUUAUAGCCGAAUUUGACUCGUUGGAACGCAAAGUAUAUGAAUGUAAAGAGCAAUUGAAUGCGGCAAACGAAGAGCUGGCGAUGAUGGUAUCUUGUCUGAAAGAAGCUCAGUUAACAGCCCAUCAACGCCUUCAAGCCGCUCGACAAGGCAGUAAUGUCACCACAGUUCGGACAAGUCAAAUUAACUUCAAACACGCUCAGUGGCGACUCACAGAAGCCGACGGCCAACUUGGAAUUGCAGACGUCGUGCUCACAAAUUUUCUGUACAACAAAUUGUCCAAAAGUGAUGAUGCGUGUGAGCAUUCGCUGGAAAUUGGUUACGUCAGCUUAGCUAACCUUCUUCCCAACCAAAUCUACAAACAAGUUAUCGUUCCAACUGAGUUGAACCGCAAUAUGCCAGUGGAUCGACAGGUGGCUGUCCGUAUGUUUUCAAGAGAUAAAGCUCCCGUGGGAGGUAUCUGUAUCAAAGAGAUUUUUGAAGUGAAUGUCGUUCCUUUCACAUUCGCCAUGACGUACCAGUUUUUCAAAACGAUGAUGCGAUUCUGCUUCCCCGAAAAGGAUCCUGAAACUUUGGACGGCGAGGGUGAGCAUUCAGAAUCAUCCGUGGCGCGCAAAGGAGGAGGCAAGCAUUUCAGCAAUGUUAACAAGACUAAACGAGGCAAAGAGUCGAGUUUUUACGUUCCAAUUGAAGAUGAUGUGGAGAAAAUGAAGGAAAGAGCCGAGAAGAAUAAAUUGUUCAUCUACAUCAAAAUUCCCGAAGUCCCGGUCAAAGUUUCUUAUAAAGGAGGUAAAGAGAAGAACAUCGAAGACGUACACGAAUUCUUCUUGGUUGUUCCCACUCUCGAGUACCACAACGUUACUUGGACCUGGCUUGAUUUAUUUUUGGCCAUGAAAAAUGAUUCUAAGCGCGUUCUUCUCUCACAGGCAAUAAAGCAAAAACUUCAAAUUCGACCUCGUUCCCAUGUCGAGGAGGGUGGAACACCACAGGAAGAAGACAAAGCGCGUCUACUUUUGGGUGGACUGUCAAUGCCCGGUGAUGCACGUUCGAGUAAGAGAGGCGGAUUCUGGAAACCAUCGAAAUGAUGCAACGUUUUGGUUCGUGUUUUAUUUUUAAUUUUGAUUUAUUGGAAAUGCAAGCGCUUAAGUUAUUGGGGUAAUGGGGAAUUAAUCAGCUUACUGAGAAAUAAAGUGAAAUUUGACCCACA